CAAACAAAGCAUUCCACAACUUCUCUGAACAACUACAACUACCAUCAUGCCUUCCAUUCAAGUUUUGACCCUUGCCUUGCUCGGACUCGCUGCUUCUGCCCAUGCUCUCUGCAAGCCUGCUGUCGGUAUCCGCGCGAUGACCAACAACAACUGCCACCCAGUCUUCUGUACUCCUCAAGGAAACUGCAGCUACCAGCCCUGCCACUUUAUUACAAUCUACCACAACGAUGGAUCGUCGACUGGAGGAUUCGAGAUUGGAGGCCCUGUCCAGUUCAGUGAAGGCAAGAGGGACCAGAUCUAUGAGUGGGGCUUCUUUGGAAGCAAGGAUGCAAAGGGCAUGAGUGUCUACGCUAAUGGCUGCGGUGGCAGUGGAGGCAACGGUGGCUUGGGAGGAAUGGGCUGUGAUGGCAAUGCUGUCAAGAGAACCAACCGUUCAUUGCCUGGAGUCAGCAGAGUGUACUAUGACUGUGGAAAGGUCCCAGCUGUCCCCAAGUAGAGCAUUACGAUUUUUUAGAAUUAAUAAAAACAGAG